GUACAAAGAUGGCAAACUGAUCAAGGACAACCACACUUGCUACGAGCCAGACCCAGGGAAGUACAGACUGGGCAUAAGAGAUGUGAGACCAAAGCAUGCUGGAAACUACACCAUUGUCUUGAGCAACACAAAAUAUGGCCUGUACAAGAACCUCACCAUGCAGCUGAUAGUGAGAGAAAGACCCAAGAUCUAUGAAAAGGAGACUGAUUUUGAUAAGAUUGAGCGGGUGGAACUAGGAGGCAAACACAAGAUCCAGUGCACCGUGAGCGGGAAUCCCGACCCGAGGAUCGAGUGGAAGUGGCAGCCCUGCAGCCCCACGGGCACACUGUGCAACCCCGAUGGGCAAAAAAUUGUGGUUCAGGAGAACACCUUCAUGGGCAACAAGAUCAGAAGCAUUGAAAACAUACCCAUGAAUUUUGGGGAUAAAAGAAAGAUUGUGAGCACCCUGACUAUGGAAAACAGCAGUGCCUCAGGAGUCUACUACUGCCUGGCUUCAAACAAGGUGGGCACAGACGAGAGGAGCAUCGAGUUCUACGUCUCAGAUGUGCCGUUUGGGUUGCAGACAGAGCCCCAAGUCACAACCAUCGUGGGGAAUGAGGUCAAGCUGACCUGCCGGGCCUCCAAGUACAUCUACAGCCACCUGGCCUGGUCCUCCCCCUCCUCAGAGGCAGCCCUUGGUGGCACCCUCAUCAGGAGGACUGACAACUACUCCAUCUCCUUGACCUUGGUCAUGGCCAACGUCACCAAGGACCAGAGUGGCCUCUACAGGUGCAGAGCCCAGAACCAGCACAACAGCACGGACACGCUGGAGCAGCACACCCAGCUCCUCGUCCGAGCAAAGGCAGCCCCCUAUGUGAUACAAAACCUGACAGACCUGGAGGUCAACAUCAGCGGCAAGAUCGUGCUGGAGUGCAAAGUCAGUGGAACCCCAGACCCUCAGAUCACCUGGAGGAAGAAUGGCUACCCCAUUUCAGCAGCAUCAGGAAUUUCCAUGGAAAAUAACACCCUGGUGAUCGAGCGAGUGAAGAAGGAUGAUGAAGGUCUCUAUGAAUGCAAGGCCUCCAACGACAUGGGCCAGGACAGCACAUCAGCCUUCAUUAAAAUACAAGGUUCUGAGGAGAAGUCCAACAUUGAAGUCAUCAUUUUGGUCUGCACUGGCCUAGCUGCUACCCUCUUCUGGCUGCUCCUGACCCUCUUCAUUCGGAAACUGAGAAAACCUGAUGCCACAGAUAUUAAGACAGGAUACCUGUCCAUUAUAAUGGAUCCAGAGGAAAUGCCUCUCGACGAGCAGUGUGACCGGCUUCCCUACGACAGCAGUAAAUGGGAGUUCCCCCGGGACAGGCUGCGCCUGGGUAAAACACUGGGUCAUGGUGCUUUUGGGAAGGUGGUGGAGGCGUCUGCUUUUGGCAUUGAUAAAUCUUCAACCUGCAAAACAGUUGCCGUAAAAAUGCUCAAAGAAUGUGCCACUAAUAACGAAUGCAAGGCUUUAAUGUCUGAACUCAAGAUCCUCAUCCAUAUAGGACAUCACCUGAAUGUUGUCAACCUGCUGGGAGCCUGCACCAAAGCUGGAGGUCCUUUAAUGGUCAUAGUAGAAUAUUGCAAAUAUGGAAAUCUGUCCAAUUAUCUGAGAGGAAAACGAGGAGAUUUCAUUGCCUACAAGUCCCAGGAAAGCUCUGACCAAGCAGAGAAAAGUCUGGAUGAGUCCAACAGUGACUUGACCGAACUGAUCAAGAGGCGCCUUGAGAGCGUAGCCAGCACAGGGAGCUCUGCCAGCUCAGGAUUUAUUGAAGACAAGAGCUACAGUGAUUCAGAAGAUGAUGAAGAAGAUGCUGAGGAUCUGUACAAGAGGCCCCUGACUCUGGAGGAUCUGAUUUGCUACAGCUUCCAAGUGGCAAAGGGCAUGGAGUUCCUCGCCUCCCGAAAAUGCAUUCACCGGGACCUGGCAGCAAGGAACAUCCUCCUUUCAGAGAACAACGUGGUGAAGAUCUGUGACUUUGGGCUAGCCAGGGAUAUUUAUAAAGACCCUGACUAUGUACGGAAGGGAGAUGCAAGACUUCCACUCAAAUGGAUGGCUCCAGAAGCUAUUUUUGACAAAAUUUACACAACGCAGAGUGAUGUCUGGUCUUUUGGAGUGCUGCUAUGGGAAAUAUUUUCUCUAGGUGCCUCUCCAUACCCUGGGGUGCAGAUAGACGAGGACUUCUGCCGACGGCUGAAGGAAGGGACGCGCAUGAGAUCUCCAGAGUACUCCACUCCAGAAGUGUAA